UGAUAACAAAACAAUAAAAAAGGGAAUGAUACAAACAAAAACCUAGUGAACCUUUCGGUAUUUAAAGUCUCAAAUAAGUCAAUAAACAUCUUCUUCAUUGUCCCUCCUCUCUCUCUCUCUAUCUCUCUGUUCUAUGCGAAGCAAUGAAGAAGCUCUACCGGAAAGGAACCGUACACCCGUCGCCGCCGCAGAUAAAAUCCGACGACAAGCUUCUCAAUCUCCUUCCCGUUGCCAUCUUAUCACUAGCAGCGGUUCUUUCUCCGGAAGACCGUGAAGUCCUAGCUUAUCUAAUAUCAACCGCUUCUUACUCAAGCGACAGAAACUCUACCUCUCGCCUGAGCAAGACCAAACCACACAAACAAUCACACUUGGAAAACCACUCGCCUCUAUUCCACUGCGACUGUUUCAGCUGUUACACGAGUUACUGGGUAAGAUGGGACUCCUCACCAAGUCGCCAACUGAUUCAUGAGAUCAUCGACGCUUUCGAAGACAGCUUGGAGAAGAAGCAAACAAAGAAUAAAAAGAACAUAACUGGGAAGAAAGGCCGGAGAAGGCGUUCAGUGAAAUCUCCAGCUCUCGCUAGUCCUCCUAGUUUUGGUACGAAUGAUAUUCCGAGUCAGCUCAGUGAGUCCAUUGCGUGUCCGUGUACGAGUUCAAGCGAGUUGGUUGAUGCAACUGGUGGUUGCAACGGUGGUUUGGAGUCAACGGAGGAGUUUUGUGGCGGAGACUUUGGUGAAGAAGCGGCGGAAGAGGAGGAGAAGGGAGCCGUUAGUAGAGUUGUGAGUUUUAUUGGUGAGAAAGUUUUUGGUGUUUGGAGAUAAGAAAACUUUGCCUGGAAAAUGGCUUACAGGAAAUAAAAAGCUAUAAAUGUUU